CAUCACGGCGCGCUGACGUCACGCCGCUGUCAUGGCGCCGCGGCGUCCCGCCGAGCUGUACCGGGCGCCGUUCCCGCUCUACACCGUCCGCCUGCACCCGCGGCGGCCGCUCGCCAUCACCGCCGGCGGCGGAGGCGCCGCCAAGACCGGCAUCCGCAAUGGCGUGCACUUCCUGCAGCUGGAGCAGAUCGGGGGGCAGCUCAGCGCCUCGCUGCUGCACUGCCACGACACCGAAACCCGCGCCACCAUGACCAUGGCGCUGGCCGGGGACGUGAUUGCGGCCGGGCAGGACAACAGCUGCCACAUCCUGCGCUUCAGCCUGCAGGAGCCCGAGGGGCCGGGCGCCGCCGGGAAAGACGGCAGCGGGGACAAGGGCGCACGGCGGCGGCGCGGCCCCGGCCCCGGCCCCGGGGGGGCUGCGGGCGGCGCGCAGAGCGGCGGGGCCCGCGAGGUGAGGGUGGAGAGCCUGCAGCGCGUGCGCACCGACUUCAGCCCCGACGCCCUGCAGAAGGCCGUGCGCUUCAGCGCCGACGGAGCCCUGCUCGCCACCGGCGGCGCCGACGGCUUCCUGCGCCUCUGGGAGUUCCCCAGCAUGAAGAAGACGUUGGAGUUCAAAGCCCACGAUGGGGAGAUUGAGGACAUCGCACUGGGCCCUGACAACAAGCAGGUAGUGACGGCAGGGAGGGACUUCCAGUGCUGCGUGUGGCAGCAGGACCAGCUGGUGACAGGGCUGCGCUGGCACGAGAACCUGCCUGGCAUCCCUGACAAGGCCUAUCGCUACCAGGCCUGCCGGUUUGGCGCCGUGGAGGGCAGUGCCGGCGCUCUGCGGCUCUACACUGUGCAGGUGCCCCACAAGCGGGAGCGCCGCCCCCCGCCCUGCUACCUGACCAAGUGGGACGGGAAGAGCUUCCUGCCCCUGCUGACGCGGCCCUGCGGCUCCGAGGUGGUCUCCUGCCUCUCCAUCAGUGAUUCGGGCACCUUCCUGGGGCUGGGCACAGUGACGGGCUCGGUGGCCAUCCACAUUGCCUUCUCGCUGCAGAGGCUGUACUACGUGAAGGAGGCCCACGGCAUCGUGGUGACGGACGUGGCCUUCGUCCCCGAGAGCCGGCCGGGGCGGGAGCUGCUGGGGGGCCACGAGGCCGCGCUGCUCAGCGUGGCCGUGGACAGCCGCUGCAAGCUGCACCUGCUGCCCUCCCGCCGCUCCCUCCCUGUCUGGCUGCUGCUGCUGCUCUGCGCCGGGCUCAUCGUGGCCACCAUCCUGCUGCUGCAGCUCGCCUUCCCGGGCUUCCUGUAGCCCCCUCACCCUGGAGGGGCCCCCUGGGACCCCCCAG